ACGAAAUGUCCACAAAAUCCUCUAACAACAUUGACAGCCGUUCCGAGCUGGCCGACCUCGUCAAGCGGAAGGCGGAAAUUUCGGAAACGCUAGCUAAUCUGGAACGGCAAAUCUACGCCUUUGAGGGCUCGUACCUGGAAGAUACCCAACUGUACGGAAACAUUAUCCGCGGUUGGGAUCGAUACUUAACCACGAACAAAACCACCAACUCGAAGGCGGACAAGCGUAACAGAAAGUUUAAGGAAGCUGAGCGGCUCUUUUCAAAGUCGUCCAUUACCUCGAUGGCGGCUGUAAGCGGAUUAGUAGACACGAGUGACACGAAACACGAGCGCAACUCGGAAUCCGACUCCAUGACGAACGAUGAUUCGAGUGACAAUCAGGUGGGGUCGAUGUCGACCGUCAACCAUUCCUCAAGCACGGGUCGUGAACCGGCAACGGCUGCGGCAAUGUCCGCGGCGGCUGUCCCUGGGACGGGGCAUGAUAGUGCGCAGAAAAAUUCCGUCAGCAAAUCUCUGACCAACCAGUCCAAGUCAAACACUGACAAAUCGUCCGCCGCCUCGUCCAGCUUCCUAAACCGCGCUACAACGCCCACCAAGGAAUCGAACAAUUCCUCUAGCUUAGCCAAAGAGUCGGCCACCAAUAGCAGCACACCCAGCAGCACUGCCAAACACAAAGCCAGUAACAUUGGCUCAAUGAAAAAGGGUAGUUCGAAUAAAAAGGUGCGACACCGCUAG